UGCGUGAUUUGCAUCAAUGCCAAAGCCAAUAUGUUGACGAUACCAUGUGGACAUCAAGUAGUUUGCCGAAAAUGCUUCGUCAAAACCAUCAAAAAUGCAGUUGCACAGAGACUAUUACCCUUGAGAUGUGUCAUUUGCAGAUCAAAAGUAAUUCGAUUGAAGUCAGGUGAUAUACCGAAUUCGGCAAGUGGAUACUCCAUGGACUCUGCAACAUCUUCAGUUCCCCAGUCGGACAGUCUCUACAGUGUUAGUAGCGGAGAAUCUUCGAUUUCUUCCACAUCAUGUUCUUCCGAUAUUGUUAAAGGUCCACCUUGCUGUGGUGGCCACUGUUCAGGAGCCUAUCCCCGACAACCAGCUACAGGGGCUAUAAAAAGAUCUCAACAGCAUGCUAUGAAAAUGAAAAUUCAAGAUUAUUGUCGCCCGGACAAAAAUCACGUCAACAGAUUACCUCCCAUAAAAGAGUUACCUGGACAAAGUCCUCUUCAUACCGCUCCACCAGCUUCAACACGCAUAAGGUGUGCCCAGAAAAUAAUCACCCAAUUGGAAUUUCCAAUCUUGAGACAAAAAGGGCACAAGUACGAAAAACUAGCCCAGGAAGACGAUGAUGAGAAUGUGGUCAAGACAGACAAAAGUCCGGAUAAAGAAAAACACUGGUGGUCUGACAAAAAACGGGACAGAACAAAAAGCGAGGAGAAAAUCGACAACAAGAAGAACGAAAUAGUCGAAAAACAGAUGGAACUGAAGGAAAAACUCGUAGCCAAAGCUGACAUAAUAAAUGAAAAUAACGAACGUAACAUUAUUGAGCAUCAACUGUAAACGCAUUUAGGUUAGGUAUUUCAACCUAGAUUUUAACGACUCUCAAAUUAUCUUAUUAUGGUCAAUUAGCGUUGGAAGUCAAUAUAGAGACGUCGGUCCGCUUGUUAUCCAAACGAUAACCUUUUAAACUUUUUAAAUGAUCACAUGAUCUCGAAAUACAAAUAACGAUUUUAACGUUUAAAAACCUGCAUGCGAGAAUUAGAAGCUUUCUAUCAUGUAUACCAACAUCUCUACAAUAAUACAUUCGUGAAUCUCAUGAAGUCGGUUAUUAUAUUCAUUAACAAUAUGUGUUCAUUGCCUUUUUCAGUUUUUUCAUCUCCAGUGGAAUCCUGACGAUCACUCUGAAAUAAAUAUCAAAAGAAAUGUCUGACAUGUAAAAGGUCAGUUUUAAUAUUUUUAUUGUUUUAUUGAAUAGUCAAGCUACAAAUAUGUGAAAACCUAUUUUCAUAUCAUCAAGGAAUACUGAAAAAAUUUUAAACCAAGUUGAUUUCUGAAAUGUUUUGAGCGUAAAUAGUUCACAAUUAGUAAUUAAUAGAAAUAACUUGAUUAUCGAGCGAAAAUCAUAUUAAGAUCUCUAUCUAACGUCAUAAAAUUGACAUAUGGUUGACAUCACAAUUUUCAAGCAGCUCGGCUCGAAUGGUAAUAGAAAUUAAACAAGACUAUCAAAUAUUAAUGCGUUUAGUAAGUAAAUAAAAAAAUCUUGGCUCCUUAAAGCAAAAGUACUGGAAUAAUCAAUUAAUCGAACAGUAAAACCAAAGGGGCUGGUUCUC